CAAUCUUUUAGUUAUUAAAAAAAAAAGUGUGCAUUUGAAGGUUUCACGAUUAUGAAAUCUGAAAUCUUCCAAUUGCAAUGCAAUCACUCCGUUUCCAAAAAUCGAACAAGAAAUUAGAGACUUACCAUUUAUUGCUCUUGGCAGGGACAGGACCAGUCACCGAUGGUCAUUCGUCUUUUCUAAUUCCCAAUCCAAAUUUAUGGAGACCGAAUAGAGAAACCCAAAAUCAGAAGGAAGGAAGGAGGAGGAAAAAAAAAAAAAAACACCACCAAAAUAGAGGAAGAAACUGAGAGAAAAAGUAAACUCUAUGGAGAAGAGUUUUGCGGGGCCGCUGCGCCUCGUGUACUGUGAAGACGAGAGUGGAGAGGUCAAGGUGAACCCAGAAGCCGUGGAUUUGCUCAAGCAAUUCAAGGGUCCCAUUGCCCUGCUCUCUGUGUCUGGGGCUGAUCGUCAGGGUAAAAGCUAUGUUCUAAACCAGCUUCUUGGCAGGAAUACUGACUUUCAAAUUUCAUCAGAUCGUCUGUCAUGCUCCAAAGGGCUUUGGAUAUGGAUUGUACCUCUCAAAACAACAGCACUGGACGAUGGAAUCGAAUCCAAUCUAUUACUGCUGGAUGCUGAAGGAAUCGAUGCUUAUGAUCAAGCGAAUUUCUACCAAGAUUUGGCAGGUGAUGGCACAAAAAUGACAAUUCAUGAUUACCUUGAGCUGGCUUUAAAGCUGCUACCUGGCGGCAUAAAAGACAUAGCUUCAAAAAAUGCGGUUCUUGAUAGUCUGCUGUCAGAGUUUGAAGCUUCAGUUCAUGGUCCCUCAAAAUGCCUGAAUCUUUCGUCCUUCAUGCAACAAAGGUUAAUUUUUGUUCUUUUCUUUGUUUUUCUUUUCCUUGUUGGGGUGUUUGGGGGCAGGAGCAGGGCUGUUGUGCAGUUAGGAAGGGUGGGCCGAAGCAUUAAUCCUAUGCCACAACUCUUGUAUAUCAGUCAAUUGAUGCCACUGGAAUGCAUGUUACAACAUAAUGUCUUGUGCUCCAUGUGCUGUUUGUUUCCAAUUAUGUGGCAAACUGGCAAUAAUCCGGUCUGUUUGCAAGGUCCCAUACUCCAGCAUGCCAAGAAGAAAAUCGAAGAAGUUUCAUCAGAGAAUAAUGACCUCAUAUUGAAAUGCCGUUCAAUUGAAGAUAAAAUGGAACUCCUGACCAAAAGGCUGGAAUCAAGUGUAAAACUUAAUAAUGAAUAUCAGAAAUGUUAUGAGGAUGCCAUUAAUGACAUCAAAAAGCUCUCUGAUCCAUAUAGGAGCCGAGUUACGGAAUUGGAGAACAGAUUUAAAUCAUCGGAGGAGAGGUGUUCUUCUUUGUUAAAAUUGCUCGACUCUGUGGCACAGGAAACCUUGCAGUGGAAAACCAAGUAUGAGGAGGAGUUGACUAAGGAGAAAGCUACUGACAAUCAGUUUAACACAGAAAUAGCAGUUCUCAAGUCCAGGAUCUCUCUCGCUGAAGUAAGAGUUGCUGCAGCUAAUGAACAGUCCCAGUCAGCGCAAAAGGAGGUGGAUGAGUGGAAAAACAAAUAUGAAGCUGCUGUUGAAGAAGCCAAGGCUUCUUUGCAGAAGGUCGCCAUUGAUCAGGAAAGCUCAACUAUGGAGGCACAGAGCAGAGAAGAUUCUCUGAGGACAGUAUUCUUCAACUCCUUGGCAGAGAAGGUGGAUACCGAAAUUAAGGACAAGGUAGCAAAGCUUGAGCACGCUGAGCAACGUGUGGCCACUCUGAGUUUGGAGUUAGAGGCUGCAGAAUCAAGAAUAAAGAACUAUGAAUCGGAGUCAUCCGCUUUGAAGCUUCAAAUAAAAGAGUUGGUUGACAAGUAUGAAAUUGUCAACACUUCUGCUCAAACAUUGAAGAAACAAGCCACAAUGCUUGAAAAGGAGAAAAACUAUCUAGAGCAGAAAUACCACUCCGAGUUAGAAAGGUCUGCAGAAGCUCAUGAAAGGUGUAAAGCUUCAGGAAAGGAAGUGAGGGUAGAAAGUGAACUUAUAGGCACUGCACCCAAAAAGGAUUUUGCUAGUGAUAUUGAAGCAGUUGGUGUUCAACAGCCGGCAGUAGAAAGGCUUGCCCAUGUUGAAAAAACACAAUUGCGUAUUGAAAGCCUGGAGAGAGAAAACAGGCCCCUGGCUAGUGAAGUUGAUAGAUGCCGAGUCUCAGAAGAGAGUGCCAUAUCUAAGGCUGCAUUACUGGAAGUAAAGGUCAAGGAGAGAGAAGAGGAAAUAAAGAGUUUAUUGAAAUUAAUAAAUGAGAAUGGGGUUGGCUCACUUCAAAAUCUUAAGAGUAGCUCAGGGCCUGAAUGUGCAGCGUACUCAGUGGCAAAUGAGAUGAGGGAAGCCCCAUCCGAUCAGCCUUAUUCCGUGCAGGGAGAAGUCAAGUUACUUCAGCAGGAGUUGAGUACCAACUCUAAAAAUGAAACUCUUCUGGAUUCUGAGCAGAGAAGUAACUCUGAUGGAAAACGUUUGAGGUCUCCUAAAGUAUUUUCUGAUUUUGUCUGCAUGGAUUCUGAUGAAGAAAAGGUUGAGCAAUCAAAAAGGCCCAAGAGGGCAAUGACCCCUCGGAGAUGUACGAUUGUAGCAGACAUGAAUUCUCCAAUUAUGACAAAUGAAGAUAAAAGUGAAAGCCAGAAGUCUCAUUCAGGAGAUUACACCAAGUUUACUGUGACUGAACUGUGGCAAGAGCUCAUGAAACAUGGUUUUGUUUCUGAGUUGCUUGAGCUGAAGAGGCCCAAGAAGAAAGACAUUCUUGAUCUUUACAAAAAACUUGUCCUUCAGAGACAGUAACGUCAAGUACCACAAUGUGUACAUUAGCUAUACUUCUACAUUCUCUGUGAUUACAUUUUCAGGAAGAAAACUUUUCUUGGGUAUUUGUUGGCAGCACAGGCAAAAUAUGAGAUCUAAAUGAGAGGCAGUUUUCACUGUGAUCGAUCGAGUUCUUGUAGUUGCAUGUUCAAGACAAUAGACUUGAUCAUUUUCUGCAA